AAUGAGUCAAUAACAAAUUUACCAAAAAGAGUCAAAUCAUUUGCUAAAGUUAAGCAAGCUGCUAUCGCGCAUUUCUUUAUAGGAAGGAGAACGGAUCAAUUUGAAUAGAGGUGAAGGCAAAGAGCUCGAAAGCAGAUUCGUUGCUGAUGAUUCUGAGGAUGGUCAUCAUCACUCUCUUACGAUAGUCUCAAUCGAACCUGCUGAUGCUGGCGAGUAUGGCGUCAUCAUUGAUGGUGUAUACACAAUCGUCACGAAGAUUGUCGUGACAGACUCGGAAGUCUUCACACAAUCUAUUUUCGAAGAACCAGAAGUUGAUGUCUGCUUACAAAUGUACUCGGUGAAGGACACUGCUAGCGUAGAUAUGGGUGAAGCUGCCGUGCCUGGAGAAAAAGUGUUGAAAGAAAAAGCUUCUUUCACCACUCAGGAAGAUCAAAUCUUGGAAAGCGAGUUCGAGAUAGUUGACAUCCCCUACGACGACGAAAAAGAGAAAGAAAAAGAGGCUGCUCCGCAAGUCGAUGAAGCGGCUCGUGAAGCAGCGUUGGCGGUUGCAUCAGCAAUUAUGGAAAAUUUGUUGCAAGAAUCGUAUGUAGAAUAUGGAGAAGUACAACGACGGACUAGCGAUGCACAGAAGAAGGAGAGUGGAGCCACAACUCCGUUAUCCGAACAGUUUGAAGAGAUUGCUGAAAUCAACAUCGAACUUCCGUCUGACGAGGAGAGCCCUUCACCCAUGGAGAAACAAAAGCACGAAGAGACCUUGAUAGAACUCAGCUGCGAAGAGCAUGACUAUGUGAAGCUUUUGGUUCAAGAAUCCAUUGACGCAGCUAUGAAGGAUCUAACAGCACUCUCACAAGAGCCACAAAGUCCCUUGGAACCAGCAACUUCUGGACAACCAACUGAAGCCCCAGAAAUACAAAUCGAAGAAGCCACGAAAGCAGAACCGACUCCAGCACUGGAGCUUCUGAAAGCUCAUGCGGAGGAGGUGUUGGUUCCGUUAGAACUUCAUAGAGAUCAAACGAGCUACUCGACAGAAAUAUCCAUACCAAGAGCUAGGAAGUGCAAGCUAACCGUCUUCCUCACAUUUGAUGAAGGCUACGAUUCGUUGCCGAUCCAAGAAGUGCAGCUUCAAAUUGAAUUCCAGAAGCCGCCUCAGUCGGAGACCACGGAACAAAUACUGUCCCAAAUUAUGUACGAAGAUGACGGUGAGUCUGAUACUUGGCUCUUUAUCAAAGUACAAAGCUGUCCUUAG